AUGGGUAGGCAUCAGAAAGUGAUAGUGUCGAUGGCGAGUGCUGUGUUGGUAGUUGUAGCGUGUUUGAGCGUCGGAAUUGGGAGCGCUAGAGCUCAGUCUUGCAGCGGCGGUGAGGUUAGUGAUGUUUUGGGGUGGCAGAGUUACGUCACCAACAUUCUGACGAUGCUGGCUCGAGAGACGCCCACCAAGGCUCUGGGUUCUACAUACACCACUACGUAUGCCGGUCGGAUUAAAGGCGAUGCUUUUUGUCCUUCCUCAGACGGAGGACAGGCAUGCAUAGACUGUAUGAACCGUCUUCAGAUCAAGCUCCAAGCUGCUUGUCCUAAUUCCGCAAGUGGAAAUGCCGAUGACGGAUCUACAUCGUCCUGCACCAUGUCUUUCUAUAAAAUCUAA